AUGAAAAAAAUGAAGGCCAAGCAAGCGGCAGGCGUUAAGAAAGCACUGGAAGAUUAUUUGGCAAGUCAGUAUACGACUUCGACAGUAGAUGAAGGACCCAUGGAAAUGCCGUCAAAUGAACCCCGAUUAGCGGAAAGUCAACCGUCAGAUUCCUCAAUAUGGCUCCUCAUCGAGUGGACUUUGCAACACGUUAAGAAAGCACUGGAAGAUUAUUUGGCAAGUCAGUAUACGACUUCGACAGUAGAUGAAGGACCCAUGGAAAUGCCGUCAAAUGAACCCCGAUUAGCGGAAAGUCAACCGUCAGAUUCCUCAAAGCAAUCCUCAUCGAGUGGAGCUUUGACACCUUCCGCGCCAUCAACCCCUGCACCAAAAGAUACCGGCCAAUAG